AUGACGCCUCCGUUGGCGCGGGACCCAAGUCCCAACGCUACCUUCAAGUUUCCCGCUUUCCAGCCCGAUCUACUGCCCACGCCCGAGGAAGACCACAUAUACGGUCACACGUCGUCGCGCUCUGCCAGUCCUAGCCACGCAGCGCAGACGAAUGGCAGUACGAUACCAGGCGACAGGUGGCAUCCGCGCAAAGAGGCUAGGUUCGGGGGCAUCAACGGCUCAGCAUCGACCUCUUCAAACAGACAUGGACGACAGAAGAGCCUGUCAGAGGCCUUCAGGACUAUACGGACGCGAAAGGGCAGUGUCAGCCAGAAUGCGCAUGAACUUGCAGACGCGCUCAAGGCCCCGCUAUCGCCAAAGCUCAUUGUGCUCUGCGGUGUGUGGUACAUGACCUCCAUCUUCACCAACAUGUCUUCCAAGGCCAUCCUGACCGCCCUACCAAAGCCCAUUACCCUCACGACCGUCCAAUUCGCUUUCGUGUCCGGUUGGUGCUUGAUACUUGCCAUGUUCGCUAGGAAAUACCCACGCCUAAAACAGACGAUGCCUUUCCUGAAGUACGGCAUUCGUACCCCAUCCAAGGAGCUGAUCAUGGCGACGCUGCCCUUGACAUGCUUUCAGAUCGGCGGACACAUUCUGAGCGCCGAUGCUACGUCAAGGAUACCUGUUUCGUUGGUACACACUAUCAAGGGACUUUCGCCGCUCUUGACCGUCAUGGCAUACAGCAUUUUCUUCAAGAUCCAGUACUCGCUACCCACAUACCUUUCUCUCAUCCCACUCACUCUAGGAGUCAUACUGGCAUGUUCGGCCGAUUUCAAUGCAAAUCUAAUCGGCCUGAUGUCCGCCUUUGCCAGCGCCAUCCUCUUCGUUGUUCAGAACAUCGUCUCCAAACAAAUCUUCAACGACGCCGCAGCUGCUGAGAAAGACGGCCUCCCGCCGAACAAGUUCACCAAACCGGAUAAACUGAACCUCCUCUGUUAUUCCUCUGGCCUAGCCUUUCUCUUUACUCUUCCACUUUGGCUUUGGUCCGAAGGGUUUACUCUUAUCUUUGACUUUCUGCAUGACGCUUCUAUCGAGCUAUCAGACCACCCUGAAGCUUUAGAUCACGGGCGUCUGCUACUCGAGUUUCUUUUCAACGGCACUUUCCAUUUUGGACAGAACAUUGUAGCCUUUGUCUUGCUAUCUAUGGUGUCACCAGUUACUUACUCGGUUGCCAGCUUAAUCAAGCGCGUCUUUGUCAUUGUGUUCGCUGUUGUCUGGUUCGGCAAGCCCAUGACAAAAGUCCAAGCCUUUGGUUUUGUGCUCACAUUCGUGGGUCUAUAUCUCUACGACCGCACGCACGACGCCGCGAAAGCAGAUAAACGCGCAAAGGCCUUGCAGUCCAAGAACAGCGGUCCCCUACUCCCAUUGGCUACAGAUGUCAAGUCACGACCAGUCUACACUGCCAGUCCAUCAUCCAUACCGGAUACCGGAGCGUAUCCAAUGCCUGGUUUUCACGAAUCACGAGAUGAGAAAAGACAUGACGAUUCUGGUAGUUCGGGCUAUCGUAGGACGUCUGAACAGGGCUCGCAUUACCUGCCCCCAGGGACCAAAGCGGAGGAUACUUGGCGGCCUAACGACAUGAACGGAAGAAGGGGUAUAGGCGUUUCAUGA